AUGUGCCCAAAGAAUGGUAAAGCUAAACUUGUUUUCCCAACCAGAAAUUAUCAUCCAGGUGGUACCUCAGAUGAGCAUCGCCUUGUCACUCCAUCACUUUUACCAGAGCUAUCAGAUGAGUGCAUAUUCUGUUGCAAGAUCAAAACUGAACUCAGCAACGCUUUUCGUAAAUCUGAUUCCUGGCAAUUAUCAGUAGAGCAAACUAGCUCUCAGGUGCAAUAUGUGUGCUUGGAAAAACUCGAACUUACUCUUCCUCGCGCUUCUUAUGAAAGUAAGAGAGUCCGGUUCUAUGUUGCGGUAUCAUCACUAGAUCUAUGUCUAGAAUGGCCACGGAUUAAGAAGAUACCACCGGAAGGAGAAAGCAGCUUCACGAAAAGGAAAACCACUAUUGUGAAGGACUAG